AUGCAUAUUGGGUCAAGAACAACCUCCUCCCCGAUUGCCACUCUGAAAUAUCUUGUCCCGCUGGAUAUUCUCCAGACUUUUGGAUGGUAUCUAUUCUCUGCCUGGUGGUUCAGCGAGAUCUUUAAAUGGUCAUCCCCUACGGGUGCACAAUUGGAAUGGGUAAAGCAAGCCAGGCCCCACGAACGACCAAGCUUGAACGAACGGCCGAUAUACCUUUAUACCAGUCAUCUACUCCUAGCGGUUGUACAGUCGGUGGCCCAUCUCUACUACGAUUACGAUCGCGUUCCCAUCCCUGUUGCUAAACGGGUCACCGGCGCUGCUGACCAAAGGACACAUCCCGUCGAGACGGUUUCCAAGCGGAUCCAGCUCGCCGUACCUCAGUUGAUUCGAGAUGGGUUCACAAGAAGUGCCAUGGUCACAGCUAUCUCCCCAGUCGCGUACGCGUUCCUCCUGAGGCGUCCGGCAUGGAGCUUCACCUUGUACUUCGCUAAAUUGUUCUGGGAUUUUCCUCGAUCUGCCGCGGACCCCCCGGGAUAUAUCCCACCAUAUAGCGUGGGACUUCUUUUGCGACCUCUAUUUUCGGGAGGACUGCUGGUAAUCUGCUGGCAGACAGCUAACCUUCUCUUCUCGGUAUUUCUCAGCAAGGAGCCACUCAAACGGGGCCAGCCAUUGACAGAGGAGGCCAAGGACCCCAACGGUAGCCUGUUGACCGGUCUAAAUGCAAAAAAGGAGACCGUCCGGGCUUUUGCAUUCUGGGAGUUAUCUUUCAUCAGCCAGCAAUUCCCUGACCGACGCAAGGCGAUUUUCAACGACAUUGACCGCGAAGGUGGCCCGGCUUGGACCCAGAUCCUGCAGUCUGCCACCAAGUUGAUCAAAGGCAUUUCAACUCGGAUCGAAGAGAACAGGAAUCCGCCGGGUUCAAAACCACCACAAACUGAACAGGCCCAGCAGCCCGUGCUUCAAACCCUGCCGCGGCUGACUGAUCCGCCCAAAGAGGAAAAUAUUUUCGCUCCCUCUUCCUCGGGCCCCCACAAUUUUGGAGAUGCCUUCAGUUCAGCAGCUAAGUUGUACGGACAAUCCCCGGACUGGACACCAACCGCCCGUGCCCGCGCUCGCGAUGUCUUCGAUCGUGCGUCGUCUGCAAUGCUGAGCCCGGAACGCAAGCAGAAACUCCUUGCCUCGUCGCGUGAGCUCAAGAUGCUUGCAGGAUCCUCCACCGGCACCCCGACAACUCUACACCCGAUCAUCGCACAAGUUCUCCGCUCCCCGGUAGGCCAACUAUUUCGACAAGCGUAUGCUCGUCGCCUAUCGGCCGUGGUUCUAGACUCUCCGCACGCGAAUGUGUGCUCCAUCGUCGAUGCCGUUGACUCACUGACCCGUCUUCUGGUGGCCAGUUUGCAAGAAGACCAGUACGGCAAGGUCCAGACGGACGUGCCGGGCGUCGUGCGCCUCUAUACAGAAACAAUCAUGGCCUUGGAGCCAUUCAUCAACGGUGGAAUGAAUGCCCACUGGACUGAUGUAUCCUUCCCGCCACCGAGCCAACCCGAUGCCCAGGCCGAGGCACGUCGAGUCAAGGACGUGGAUCUUGUUCUGGAUACCUUGAAAAGGUCUCUCGCUGACCUUCUAUCUGCAUUCAACCUCUACUUCAAAGACAUUGGGCUCGUAGGGAGAGACCUUCGACUCGCAAGAGAAGCGGCCGGCUUAGUCGAGGAGGGAAUUUAA